GUGACACCCUGGCCACUAAUCUCCCCGCUGAAUAUUAACGGAAACGAUUGAGCUGGACACGUAGCUGAAGUGAAAGGCGGUUCUGUGUUUGAGGAACAGAGAUCUAGAGUUGGGGCGGGUCCCUUUUUUUAAAUAUCUACGACCUACAUGCGAGUGUCCUGUGUUAUACAGUGGUGUGAUCAAGUGGUAACACUGAGCGGUGAGGACAGUUGUAACGGCUGUAUAUAUACUGAGUUGGUACAGUCUCUCGCAUCAACAACUGCCAAGAUGAGUUUCGACACGGCCCUGGCUAAGCAGUGUCUAGAGUGGAUACAGGAAGUGACGGGGGACACCAGUUUUGACACCAGCGGAGAGAGGAGUAAUUUCCAAAGUGUCCUUCAGAAUGGUGUGGUUUUGUGCAAGUUAAUGAACAGCUUAAAACCCGGCUCUAUACCAGAGAAGAAGUACAGCAAGCCUCCAAAGAUGGCAUUUCAACAAAUGGAACUGAUCGGAGAGUUUCUGGGCAAAGUCCCUGAAUAUGGAAUCCCAGACCAGGAAAAGUUCCAAACUGUCGAUCUGUAUGAGGGCAAAAAUUUGAAAGCUGUGCUUAUCUGUUUUCAGUCCAUGGCUAGAAAGCCUUUGCAAAGAGCGAAGGAAAGCCUGGAUUUCUUUGAGGCGGGACCGAAUUAUAUGGCCUGUGACCAGAUGUCAAUUGCGUUUGACUGCCUUAUCUUUUUACCACUGUAUGACCAAGCAGGUCUGAGCUAUCAGUUUACGGUCACCAUCAGGCGGGAAGGAAACAAGCGAGUGGGAGUUCACGUGUUGAUCGCUGGUGGAAUACGGGAUAGGUACACGCAAAUCCAUUUUGUCAGUGGUCAUCUGUUACAGUGUUGUUACUCACAGAGACAUUUAAGAAUGUCUUACAGGGCGGAGAAGUCCGGCUACAGCGCCGAGGCGUAUGCCAGGCUAGAGGCUAAGUACGACCCGGCUGUGGCCCGUCAGUGCUUACUCUGGAUGGAGACUUUGUUCAAAGAAGCCGGAGAGGAAGUACAAUUUGACACAAGCGGAGACGCGGAAACCUUCCAGAGCGAUCUCAAAGAUGGAAUCAUUUUGUGUCGACUUAUGAACACAAUAUGCCCUGGAUCAAUCGCCGCCAACAAGCUGUCUAAACCUCCGACGAUGCCGUUCAAGCAAAUGGAGCUGAUCCAGUAUUUCGUGGCAGCCGUGAGGAACUAUGGUGUGGCGGAUCACGAGAACUUUGCUACCGUGGAUCUUCACGAAUCACAAAACCUGAAUCAGGUCGUGACCUGUCUGCAGGCUUUGGGGAGGAAGGCUCAGAUGGAAGGUAAAACCGGGUUUGGUCCCAAGGAAGCCAGAUUAAAUAAACGGGAUUUCUCGGCAGAACAAUUAAAAGCUGGACAAAACGUUAUUAAUCUCCAAUACGGGACAAACAAGGGAGCUAACCAGUCCGGGAUGGCCUUCGGGAAACACCGUUCGAUUAUUGGAGACUAGUUUGGUGUUAGUAGUCUAUGCAAUACUCGUCAUUGUACAAUGGUCAACAUUUGCCAAUACACGCAUAAAUAUGUGAUUAAUCUCCAGUAAGUUAUAAAUGAGUAUUUUUACUGCGUUACAAUGGGCUGCUUUAACUGUAAUGUAACGUUUCAGCGUUUGGUUGCCUACGAACAUGGACAUGGAUUAUGUUGUUGUCGGCCAUGUUUAACAUUUCAGUUUUAAUUCCCGACGGAUGGACUGGUGUUUAGCUGUGAUUUCUUCUUGUGCCAAACGCUGAACCCAUGCUAGUGAAACGUUCAUAUUUCGUUUUUUUCUCUUUAGCCUGUCUUGAAGUAUGCGUUAUGUAGUAUUGUAGCCUACAAGCUGCUGGUUUCCCCGAGAGGUAUAAAUACUGCUGUCAAAUAUCCAAAACUAAAUCGCUACAGUACAAAGCCGUGAAAUGUGCUUGUUGUUAAUUAUGCAACUCUGUGGAGAUUUGUAGAUGUGCUAUAUCCUUCACAACCUAUCUUAUAUAUGUUUCUUUUACAUGAAGACUGUGGUAAACAUGACUGGGACCAAAAAAAGCAUUGUUUCAUUAUGGCUUUUAAUGUGAUGUAAUCAGUCAUUUAGUUUUAUUGGUAAGUUUAAUAUGUUGACCCCAUUAUGGACUACA